AUGGAUAAUAUGAACAACAGGACCUUUCAAUUUGUACUGGUGGGGCUGUCCCAGUACCCUCAAGCCCAAGCUGGCUUCUUCUGGUUCCUGCUAGUCAUCUACAUGGUAACUUUGAUCGGAAACGGGCUGAUUGUCAUGUUGGUGGUGAUUGACCCUGCCCUGCACACCCCCAUGUACUUCUUCCUUUGCAAUCACUCAUUCAUUGAUAUCUGCUAUUCAUCUUGCAGUAUCCCACAAAUGAUGGCCAACUCUCUGGUCCGAAGACCCGUGAUUUCUUUUAGCCGAUGUUUGCUUCAGAUGUACAUAAGCCUAUUCCUUGGAAUGACAGAGUUCCUGCUCCUGGCCAUGAUGGCAUAUGACCGAUUUGUGGCCAUUUGUAGCCCCCUGCAUUACACUCUUAUCAUAAGCUGGCAGAUUUGUGUUCAGCUGGUGGCCACGUCUUGGAGUACUGCUUUUCUGCUGACUCUGGUACAUGGGUCACUAGUACAAAACAUGGAAUUCUGUGGCCACAAUGUGAUGAACCAUUUCACAUGUGAGCUUCAAGGAUUCAUCAAACUGGCCUGCUCUGAUACCCGCCUCAACAAGAUCAUAAGGUUUGUCAUCAGCUUUUCUGUCAUGGUGGUGCCAUUUACCUUCAUCCUGGUAACAUAUGGUCGUAUUGGCCUGGCCAUCCUGCACAUUCGGUCAGCUCAAGGCUGGGGCAAAGCCACAUCCACUUGCAGCUCUCAUUUAGCUGUGGUUGGGAUCUUCUAUGGCACAGCUAUGGCUAUUUACUUGAGGCCCCAGGGCAAAGCCUCCUCUGGUCACGACAAGCUGAUUGCCAUAUUCUAUGGAGCUGUCACCCCCAUGCUCAAUCCCCUUAUCUACAGUCUUAGGAACAGAGAUAUAAGGGGAGCCCUGCAGAGGACAGUCAGAAUAAAGGUCAAAGCAUAA